UGUUUCCCCUCUUUGUUCAGAGAGGCCCAGAGAAGGCAGAGCAUGGCUCCAAAGUCCUCCUCCUCCUCGACUGCAAAAAUGGGGGAGAAGACCCUCCAAAGUGGGUCUCUUUGAAAAGGAGAAGGGUCUUCUUCUCCCUUGGCAGGAGGGACUGGCAGGCCAAUGCCACCAUGGAGCUCUCCAAGGACCGCCCUCUUCUCCAUCACCUUCAUCUGCUCCUUUCUUGGUGCCGUUAAUGAUUCGAUACAGAUGCCCUUUCACCAAGUCAAUGGGAUGCUGAACGGAACAGUUGUGCUGCCCAUCAGGAACAUUUCCACAUCAGAGACAUUACAUAGAAUCGAAUGGGAAUUCCAGCUGCAAAGUGGCACAUGGUUAAUCAUAGCCGAAUUCCAAGGUGGGACACUGAAGCGUCUGACUCCCAAUGACCGGUUUGGGUCGCGCGUGGAACUGGCAGAUGAGACCAGCCUGAGGAUCCGAAACCUGGAGAAAGAGGACAGCGGGUUUUAUAGGUCCCUGGUGAAGUUUCGCUCGGCAGAGAUUCAAGAACAUUUUUACCACCUCAAGGUCUAUGAUCCUGUUCCAGUACCGCAAGUUCUCCACCAAACGGUCUCCAACUCUUCAACUAGCUGUAAUGUGACCUUGGAGUGUUGGCUCUCUGAAAAGGCCGGACUCAGCAUCUCCUGGAGGAUCGGGAAUGAUCUCAGGACCUUAGAAGGAAGUUCAGGCUGGUAUCAGCUCUCCUCCGAUGGCUGGCGUCUCCAUGUUUCCAUGGGGUCCAAUGCAGCGGACUCCAGCUUCACCUGCCUGGUCUCCAAUCCGGCCGAUCAGAAGAAGGCCUCCUUCGACUUGCUCUCCGUCUGCUCCCUUGAAGGUGACGGACCAAUACGGAACCGAUGGUGGCUGUUCGUAAGCAUCGUGGUAUUAUUAUUCCUGGUAGGAUUUUGCACAAUCUGGAAUUGUAGGAAAAAGAGGAAAUGUUUCACCAGACAAGCUGACCCUUCCAGGCCAAGAGUGACCACUCCUGAACAUCUGUCCUAUGAGAACCAAAACGAGAGGAAUCCCCCUGAAAUCAACAAUUACGAGGAAGCGGGCAUUUCCUUCCAGAACAGCCUGAGGGAGAGAGCCUUGACGGUGUACUCUAUGGUCCAGCCCCGUUCUCAUCUCUCCAAACAGGUCGCUUAAGUCGGAUGAGGUUGGAAACAAAGGAUCAGAAGGGAUGGCAACCUUGCCUUGGAGGAUGCAAAACUUUGGAAACUUGAAAGGUUUUGGAAUUCUUUCCCAAUAUCCAAACACUUCUCUGCUUUCAGCGUGAUGAAGUCCCAAGAAGCUUCUCUGUUGAGGACUUUGGGAAGGGAAUGAAUAGCAGAGUUGGGGGUUGGACAGAAAAUGGCAUUUUUGGCUACGACAUUGCCAAAUUAUAGUUUGGAACUGCAUUAGAUGGUCAAUGUAGACUAGUGGCUCCCAACUUGUGGUCCAUGGAGCGCCAGUGGUCCGCAAGAAUUAAAAUAUGGUCCGUGGUGGCCUCACUUACUACACCAUUCCAACGAGAACAACUUGUCUUGGAAAACCCUCUUAUUGUGCCGAGGCUUGGGGGUGAGCAGAUGGCUACUAGUGGAUGGCAUAUGUUCUACAGCUGAUGCAGUCUACCCAAUGCAAUUUUCUGAAUCAGCACCCCAAAUAACCAAACUGAAUAUAAAGUUGAUCAAAAGCUGA